UUUUGUGCUUUUUUCCACGAAACAAUCAAAACAUACACUUUUUUCUGUUUUGUAGUUUCACCUUCAGCUGAACAGUGAACACACUCCAACACAAUAGUAAAAAGGAAUAUGUCGUUUGUCAUUUAGAUUUGAAAAGGUCGUAAAGAAUUUGCCAUUAUUUGCCAUCAUAACAGUAAAUAUAUCAUAAAAUUAAAAUGUCUUCGGUAAAUUUAGAUUCAGUUACAAUAGCAUUACAAAAUACCCGAGUUAGCCCAAGUGGGGUUAGUUUUGCUGGAAAGUCACUUAAACUGGAUUCUGAAGAAGAUGCCAAACCUGUUGUUGAAGAAAUAGCUAAGUGUUCAGACCUACAAUAUCUUAAUCUCGAAGGAAACACUUUAGGUGUUGAAGCUGCAAAAGUGAUAGCAAAAGCAUUAGAAAAACACCAAGAGUUUAAAAGGGCAUUAUGGAAGGAUAUGUUUACCGGGAGAAUGAAAACAGAAAUUCCUAAGGCUUUAGAAUUCCUUGGCCAGGGUUUAGUAACUGCAGGAGUUCGUUUAACAGAAUUGGACCUUAGUGACAACGCUUUUGGUCCUAUAGGGGUUCAGGGUCUUGCAGCCCUUCUUAGAAGUUCCUCCUGUUAUGCAUUGGAAGAACUUCGCCUAAACAACAAUGGACUCGGUAUAACAGGGGGUAAACUGUUGGCAUCUGCGUUAACAGAUUGCUAUAAUUGCAGCAAAUCGGAGGGACAACCGUUGGCAUUAAAAGUUUUCAUUGCUGGAAGGAAUAGAUUAGAAAAUGAUGGUGCGACUGCCUUAGCAGAAGUAUUUAAGAUGAUCGGUACAUUGGAAGAGAUUGCUAUGCCUCAAAACGGAAUAUACCACGUUGGUAUCACAGCCUUAUCCGAUGCUUUUACGUACAAUAAAAAUUUGCAAAUUUUGAACCUUAACGAUAACACCAUUGGACCUAAAGGUGCGGAAGCUAUUGCUAGCGCAUUGCCUAACCUGGAAAGCCUCAAAGAAAUCAAUUUUGGAGAUUGUCUGUUGAAAACGCAAGGUGCUAUUUCGUUAGCGAACGGGCUUAAAAAAACUCAUUUUGAACUGGAAGAAGUAAUUCUUGGAUUUAACGAGAUUAAGAGGCAAGGAGCUCUUCAGUUAGUUGGAGCGAUUGCGAACAAAACCAAACUGAAAAACUUAGUAUUAGAUGGUAACCAGUUUGGUAAAAUUGGUAGGGCAGAACUGAAGCAGAAAUUAAAGGAAAUAGGAAAGUUAAACGUUUUGGGUACUUUGGAAGAUGACGAGUCCGAAGACAGUGAUGAAGAUGCCGAGGAAAGUGAAAGCGAUAGUGAAAAAGGUGUCGAGAUCACUGAAAUCGUCGACUCGGUGGAAGUAAAAGCAACGGCGCAAGAUUUUAUUACAACACCCAGUGCCCAGAACUUUUUGGGUUUAGGAGAUAACAGGGCGGAUUUAUUGUUGAAUGAGAUAAAGAAGAAUGGUGAAAUUUGUGUAGAUUAUUUUGUGUCCGUAUUGAUGAAAGUGGCAUCGUUGAGUAACGAUGCGAAAUCUGAAGUUACUGAAUCGUCACUGAAGUGUACAGAGUUGUUAUAUAAAGAUUUAUUUAUUUGGGCGCAACAAACCGAUAAAACGUCUAUCGUGAACAAUUCCAUUCUAGUAAAUCUGGGUCUGAUAAAGAGUGAAGAUAAAAAAUUUAAACCUACUUGGAACCUCGAGGGUUGCUUAGGUGCAUUGAACAACAUAGUGAAAAAGAAUUACGUUCCAGAGAGUACGAAAGACACCUUAAAAGUUUUUAUGCAAAGGGAAAUUGACAGACGAGGCGUAUUACUGGAAAUCAAAAAGCAAAUAUUGACAAGUUUAAUUUAAAAUAUUAAAUAAAUUUAUUUACAUAUUAA